AUGAGUAUUAAGGUUGUAGUUGGAGGGUUUACUGUAAAUGUGGUUAGCGCGUACGCCCCUCAGGUAGGAUUGGAUCAGGAGGUCAAGAGGCGAUUCUGGGACGAUUUGGACAAGGUGGUGCAUAGUAUCCUACACUCUAAGAAGCUUUUCAUUGGAGGGGACUUCAAUGUCCAUAUUGGGGCUAAUGCUAGAGGCUAUGAUGGUGUGCAUGGUGGGUAUGGAUUUGGGGUUAGAAAUGAGGAAGAUAUCUCACUAUUGGAUUUCACUAAUGCUUUUGACUUGGUGGUAGCCAACUCGAGUUUCCCGAAGAGGGAGGAGCACCUGGUCACCUUUCGGAGUACAGUGGCCAAAACCUAG